CUACUACAGAAAUUGAGAGUUUAGAUCACAUGCCACUGAGAGAGACGCAGGUGGAAGCAGAGAGACGCCGGGAGCGAAUCAAAUCCAAGAAAUGGCGGACAAGGCUGUUACCAUCAGGACAAGGAAGUUUAUGACUAAUCGUCUUCUCUCGAGGAAGCAAUUUGUCAUUGACGUUCUUCAUCCUGGAAGGGCAAAUGUCUCAAAGGCUGACUUGAAGGAGAAGUUGGCAAGAAUGUAUGAAGUAAAAGAUCCCAACGCUAUUUUUGUCUUCAAGUUCCGUACACACUUUGGAGGAGGGAAAUCUACUGGAUUUGGAUUGAUCUAUGACUCAGUUGAAAAUGCAAAGAAGUUUGAACCUAAAUAUAGACUCAUCAGGAAUGGAUUGGAUACCAAGGUAGAGAAGUCUAGGAAACAAAUGAAAGAACGCAAAAACAGAUCCAAAAAGAUACGCGGUGUUAAGAAGACAAAGGGCGGAGAUGCUGCUAAGGCAGGAAAGAAGAA